CCAUUGGCCGGAGGCGCGGGGGGCCGAGAUGGGCGCUGGCAGCGGGCCGGGGCGACGGCGGGCGGCGGCCAUGAGGACCGAGAUCUCCACGGCGGCGGCGUUCGUCACUCGCCUCCUGCGGGCCGCCGGCGGUGUCGAUGAGGAGCAGCUGCGGUGCUUCCGGGAGUGCCUGCAGGAGGCGCUGCGCGAGCACUACAAGCACCACUGGUUCCCCUUGGUGCCCUCCAAGGGCUCCGGGUACCGCUGCAUUAGGAUCAACCAUAAGAUGGACCCCUUGAUAGGAAAGGCAGCGGGGAUGAUCGGACUGAGCCACGGGAGACUCUUCCAGCUCUUACCCAGCGAAUUAACACUUUGGGUCGACCCUUUCGAAGUGUCCUAUCGCAUAGGUGAAGAUGGGUCUAUCUGUGUCCUUUACGAAAGUCCCCAGUCUGGUGGGAAGGCAACCAAACCGUUGGAGAGUAGGACCAGCUGUAAGGAGGAGUGGAGAACUGGCAGAUCCAGUCCUUCCAAGAAUUACAUGAUGACAGUUUCUAGUUAAAAAAUUGCUAUUCCUCCCACAACGAUAGCAAUAACAUGAAGGAGAGUGGGAAACAGAUCUAACAAGCUGCAUGAAGAUCUUCCCAGUGACUUGUCUGCGCAGAUUUUCUCAGGGUCAUUCAAGUUUGGGUGUCGAGGCACAAAUCACAAAAAUAGUUCUUAAUUUUUCCUUUCUCAAAGCAUGCAUUUAUUUGAGGGCUGGAUUCCAUCAUGUUCCAACGUUUUGACAAAAAGAAUUGGGGAAUUAGUUUGUCUUGUCAUUUCUAGUUGUUGGAAUAGAACAAUAAAGAUUUGCUCAGA